AUGAAGAUUUUAUGAUGGCUUCAUCUAUUACAAAUCAUUCCGAGCUAUUAUGCUUUAAGAAAAUGUACUGAUGGUCAUUUCUGUAGAGACAGAAAAAUGCCUUACAUUUUGUUAUUAUUAUUUUUAGCGGAUUACAUCCCGCUUCUAUUUUCUGAAGCGUUUUAUGAUGGUUUUUUUCGAUUAGUCACUUUUGGAUGAGAUUAUGAGUAUUUUUCCAAAGAAUUUUUAUGACUAACUCCCCCCCUCCGUGAGUGAACAAAAAAAUUUUGUUCACUCACGAGGAGGGUUAAUUUUUUAUUUUAAAAAAAAUUAUAUAUAAAUUUUAUAGAAAAUUUUUUUUUCGAAAUUUUAAAAAAAAUCCUAAUUUGCAGAAAUUGGAAAGCAAAUAUUAAUUUAAUUUAUAAAAUUUAUGUUUUAAAAGCAAUUUGUUUAAAAUUAAACAGAAUUAGCUCGAAUUUCAUUAUAGUAAUUAUCACUUAUAUAUCAAUUUUUUUUUGAUUAAAAAAAUUUUUGUUUACUCACGGAGGGUGAGUUUUGGUCAAAAAAUAGGGAUUUUUCAAAUGAUUUUGUUCACUCACGGAGGUGGGGAGUAAGCGCAUCUAUCCUUACCUUUACAAGGCAACACAUAUCUGUAUAUAGCUCAUACAGUUUCUGAAUAUUUGGAGUUAUAUCAAUUCUACUAUCAUCCAAUCUCACAAAUAAUUUGAAUUAUAAUUGACUAUCCUUACCAGGGUUAUUUAAUUCAUUAUCCUUACUCUUUUAUUAUUCUAUUUCAGGCUCUUUAGAAUAUUUCUUAUAUUAUUUUAUUUGCUUCUCAAUUUUUAUUAUUUGAGGAUUUAAAAUUAGAUAUUGAAUCACAGAAUUAAACCCACUCUUUUAUUUUUACAAUAUUUCGAUGUUUGCUGGAAUUUUGCUUGCUAUAAAAAAUGCAUUAAUCCCUGAUAUUGAUUUAGCGACCUGUAUUGCGUGAUAA